AUGGUCCACAGGCUUGUCAAGUCCGCGGGCUGUAAUGUCCCCUCGCCGCGCCGCUCGCGCCGCUCGCGCCGCCUCGCCGCCUCCUCCGCUGCGCCCUCGCCAAGCUCGCGAACGAUCCUCGUGGGCGAUGUCCACGGCUGCCUUGAUGAGCUCAAGUCGCUCCUCCAGGCGUGCGGCUUCGAUGCCAGCACCGAUCAUGUCGUCCUGGUCGGCGAUCUCGUCAACAAGGGCCCGCAUUCAGCCGAGACUGUCGCCUAUGCGCGCGAGAGCGGCUUCGCCUGCGUCCGCGGCAACCACGACGAUGCGGCCCUCUUUGCCCACGAGGCGAGGAGCGAGGCCGGCGCUCGAGGCAGCGACUCGAAGUACAGCGAGCUCAAGUACGCUUGGGUCGACGCGCUCGGCGAGGCGGAUCUGGCCUUCUUGCGAGAGCUGCCGCACACGCUCCGCCUCGAGCGAGAGGAGGUCCUCGUCGUGCACGCCGGCGUG